AUGUGGGAGACGGAGAUGGCUGAAGCCCUGGCCGCGGAAUUCGGAUUACAGGUCGCUGCCCAAGCUCAGUUGACGAAUGUGAUCUUGGAAACAGACUGCCAAACGCUGACAUCCAAGCUCGCGGCAGCGGGAAGUAUCCAUACUGAAGUUGGGAUUAUAUGCAGGAACAUUCGGAAGCUCCUAGGCGAAAUGGGACAGGGGAGCUGGCAAUUCUCACCAAGAGAAGGUAACAAGGCUGCGCACAUUAUGUGCCAUUCGGAGACGAGAUGGAACGAGAGUAUGAUUUGGUUUGAUAGACCACCGAUGUUUCUAGUUGAUCAGAUAGAGUCGGACAAUGUAACCGCUACACCUGAUUAA